AUCUGAUUCUAGAUCCUAGAUUCUAAUUUUUAACACGCAGUUUUCCUCCCAGUAGGAAUAAUCUACAUUGAUGAGCUUUUCGGUCGAGCGGCUCGGCAACGGUGCCGCUUUCUGUCUGCGCGACGAGCUCACUGGUGUCACCGUGCUGUUAGGGUGCGGCGAGGCAAAAGACGUGUCUUUCUUCUCCCCAGACGACGCUAGCGCUGAGGAUUUCGAGGCAGCGACGACGCAGUACCGACGCGACCUGAAGGACCUCCUGCGGAGAGAUGGGGGCACAGUGGACGCCAUCCUGGUGCCGGAUUACCGCCCUGGAGCCUGCUAUAUGCUUCCCUACAUAACCGAAAAGUGUGGUGUGUCGUGGGUCGCUCCAGCCACUGCUGCAGCUCAAGACCCAAGUCAGAAACACCCCCCAGCCAUCCUGAUGACCCAUGGAACUCGAGCCAUCGCGCCACAUCUUCUAGCGGAAUAUUGGACUGGUUGCCAUACCAAGGUGAAGGACGGUGGCAGCGGCCUCCCAUCCCCAUAUGACAUCCAAGACAUCGCUCCGACCUUCAGGAAGGUGAAAGCGGUCGCAUUGAAGGCCUGCGUGACUGUGAACGAACAUCUAAAGGUCACAGCUUAUCAUUCUGGUCACGUGGCGGGAGGUUGUGCCUUCUACUUGGAGAUCGGAGCCACGACUGUACUCUUCGCCAACGACUUUAAUCUCACGGGCGGACGAGUGUUGCUACCGGCGCAGAUCCCUCGACUGGAACCUACUACUAUGAUCACGAGAAGUUCAUUUGCUGUAACGGUGUCAGAGACACAGACCGCCAUGGAGAGAGAGCUUGUAAAGGUCAUUUUGGAAUGUAUCGCUUCGAACGGCAAAGUGGUGAUACCGGUUUAUCGCCUCGGAUACUUCCACGAACUGAUCACAAUUUUGCUGGAGCAUUGGCAGCAGAUAAAAGAUGCCUCUGGGAAGGCUGCCAAGUGUCCGAUCUACCUAUCAGACGCGGCGAUGGAGUACCCGAGCAGAUUUCUGCCUGUGUUGUUUCGCACAUGCACGCCUACUGUUCAGAAUCUACUGCGUGCGAAGAAUCCAAAUGCUGCCGACCUGCAAGUGUUCGACUGGAAGCGACUGCAGCAGCCAGGGCCGUUUGUGCUGUUUACGGGGCCGGCAAACAUUUCGCAGGGCGAUUCGCUGCGUGCUAUUAAGGCGGUCGCAAGCGACCCGAAGAACCUCAUUGUACUCUCGGAGUAUUGCACACCGGGCACAGUUAACUACUUGCUGUACGCAGACCCUGAACGAAAGCGUGUCAGUAAGCGUCUUGGUGUGAAUGUGGAGUGUGGUGUGCACUAUCAGCCUUGCGGCGAUGAAGUGGACACCAAGAGCAUUGUGCAGCUCGUAUCGCGAGUGGCGCCACGUCAGGUCAUUCUCGACUACACGGUCCCAGACGACCUGGAGUUUGUCAAGACGCACGUCCAGAACCACCUCAAGAUGGACCCUGCUGUCGAUACCAGCGUGGUGGUAAAGGGAAUUAACCCUGCAGGACGAACGCCCAUCGAACCUGCUCGCGAUAUUCCACUGCGUAUCCACAAGGCAAUGUUCAAUAACCCAUCAGAUGUACAGGGGAUGUUGAUUGCCGAGCCUAAACGUAAGCUGAUGCUAGUGUCGAGUGGCAACGGAGCACGGCGUUUGAGGAAGAAGAAACACUCGCUCUUCUUUUCAUAUUCGUGGAAGAAGCCGUUCGAGCCUUCGCCUCGUGUGAAGAAGAAAAGUUCCCGCCCUGCGUCUGCAUUGUCUUUCCUCUUGUCUGCUGCAGUUGAGUCGGAUGACGAAGAAGACGAGAGUGAACAGCAGCCUCAAGCGGAUGCCGAUCAACUUCUGAAAGCCUUGGAGAGCAGUCUUACGAAGUGGAUUCUCGAUCUUCCCAUGGAGAAGAUUGAUCGUUGGCUAAAGCUUCGCACGGUAGGAGUGUCGGUGUCUGCUGAGUGGGAAGUUCACAUGGAAUGGUCAUAUGACGACGAAGCGCUGGCUGGACGAGUACUUGGCAUUGCGAAACAAGUCGUUCACGCGGAAUACAAGAAGCAGCUAGCGCAGUAGUUUCUCGGAGAAUAAAGUACGUACCUCCAGCCGUUUUCUAUUUGAAAUGCUGUCUAUUGACCGCUAGCACUCUGCCUUUCCUUGGCUCGAAAAGAACUGAACGAGCUGGGAGUAUACCUGUCCAAAUGACGUCGGAGGUUGGAUGCGCUUCUGAAUCCACUCAGGCAGGCGACUGCGAACUGCUGGGCUGGAGUAUCGAUGGUCAACCAGCAAAAUGGUGGAAUAAUCCUUCUGAUGGCGAAUAGACCGUCCUGCGUGGUCACCAAGCGAAAAAAAAAAACAUUAGCAACAGCACUACUACAGACCAAAUUACCAACAACUAACGUACCAAUGGACUGGUUGACGGCCUUCAUGCAAAGACUCUUGUAGAACUGCCUCCCAGACCCGGGAUUUCUCUUGUCCAGGAAUGCCAUUUUCGCGACAAGCUCUGCAUCUCGAGCAUUCGGAUACGGCAUACCCACCAUCACAACACAUCGUGCUAACUCGUCACUGAAAUUGAUUCCUUCCGACAUUUUGCCGCCAACCACACUCAGCAGCAUAGCCCCGUUCCCGCUACGAUUGCCUCGAGAACAUGCUGCUGAGUACUGCAUCAACACCUCUGCAAGCUCAUCGGAUUUCUUGGGUUCACUGAAGAUUGCUUUCUUGGCUUGGAUUUGUUCGUACAGAUUGGUAGCUUGCCAUCGACGGACUGCAUUCUCUUCGAAAC